AUGUCGUCCCCCGACGGAAGCCGCGCCCAGAAGAUGAAGCUACCUCUGUUCACGCAGAAGGGGCAGCAGGAGGUGCCCACGCCUUCGGAGAAGGACUGGUCCAAGGACGACCAGGAGGGCUACGUCUUCCGGGACCCGCUCCAGGCGCUGGACGCCCUGCCUCAGCCGUACCGGAUGAUCAACAAGCUGGUGAACCUGCUGUUCGACCGGGCCUGGGGGAUCAUCGAGGAGAGGGACCUGCGGAGGGAGGUGGAGCUCAGUCGGAUCCGGCCCACCGUCUACCCUCCGGUUUCAGAAAGCAAGCUCAGCAAAAGGCCACGAUGCUUAGCGGUUUCCCAAGACUAUGUGUUUGUUGCGGGAGCCAAGGGCUUCUCCAUCUACAAUCUGCUCGACGCCAGGCAGAUCUACGUUUACGAGAAAUUCAAGGUUGAGGUCACGUCCAUCUGGGCCACGGACUUGGGGAACGAAACGCUUAUGGCUCCUGUGGAUGAAACGGGUGUCGUUAGGCUGUUUUAUCUCUGCAAGGAGGGUCUUUUCUUCAUCAAAACCAUCAACGAGGUGGAUGACACCAGCAAGCAGACCAUCUGUGCCAAGAUGAACAUCUCUCCCGGAGGGGACUUUGCAGCCUUCCUCCUACAAGGGGCCGGAGAUACGUGGCUGGACGUGUACAAGCUGCCCAAGGACGCCUGGCUCAAGGAGGUGGAACACCCCCAGCUGGCCACCAACCCCAAGAAGAAGCCCAAACAGCCCCAGACGGAUGUGAGCGUCUGUUACCUGGGAGAUAUUAAGUUGAGUCUUCCAGUCCACAUCAUGAAGAUUAAGCCACCCAAACCGAUCACCGGCUCCCCGUUUAAAAGCCCCCUGGAAGUGUUUGCCAAGCUGGAGGGCUGCUACGGCCUGGGCUCCGGCCAGAACCACAUCAUCAAGGACAGCCAGUGGGAGCAGCAGACGGCCAUCUUCAACGACACGUUCCGGAAGUACCUGGAUGGGGAGUGGGAGGAGGAGCCGCUCAGCAUGGCCACCUUCCACUUCCUCCUUCCUAGCUGCCUCACCGUGAUGCCAACAGAGGCGAAGGGCCCCCCGGGGCUGGCCAGUGUCCUUGGCGUCCAGUGGACGGGACGGCACAACUUCUUCCUCUACCCCCUCAACCGCACCCUCAAGGACAAAGUUGACCCCGAGGGCGUGUGGCCCUGUGCUGCGCCCAUUGUGGCGUCUCAGCUCACCGACUGCGGCAGCUACCUGGUGCUGGCCUGCGAGGACGGGGUGCUCACGCUGUGGGACCUGGCUAAAGGACUGUUGCUCGGGGUCAUCGCUCUUCCCGAGGGCUGCUCCUGCCAAAGCAUUCAGUUUCUGAAGGACUUCCGUGUCCACGAGGGCCGGAACGUGUACCCCGCGGGCGCCGUGAGUUCCCAGGCGAGCUGCGUGGUGCUGUGCUCGGACGCGUCCCUGCACCUGGUGACCGCCUCGGGGACCCGCGGCCCCGCCCUCAGCACGCUGGUGGAGAGGCCUGCCAAGCACCCGGAGGAGGCUCUCUGCGCGGUGGCCCCCGUCCCAGCCUUGCCUGGCAUGGUGCUGACCUUCUCCAAGAACAGCUCCGUGCACCUGCUGGACGUGGCCCGGCCUCAGGUCGUCUGUGCCUUUGCGCCCCCCGAGCCCUACCACCUGGCGGUGCCCUGGAAGCCGGUGUUCGCCGUGUCUCUGCAUUACCCCUUCUUCCUGCUCCGAGGGGACCACCCGGACGGGAACAGCCACACCCCGAGUUCCGUCUUCUACUUCAACUUCGACUCCUGCUCCCUCCUGGAGAACGCCUCGAAGCGCUGCCUCGUCCCCCCGGCGGCCCUGAACUCCGCGGGCUUCCGCCAGGCGCUGCCCCUGGAGAGGAGAUGCGAGAGCCUGCUCCAGAGGAGGUUCCAGAAGCUGGGGAACAAAGUGAAGGAGCAGGAGCACUGGGCGCGGCUGCGGAGGUACUCAAUCCUCCUGCAGAGAGAGAGCGUCAGGAAGUGA